GAAUGCCAACCGCAAUUAAAACGUAGAAGAAGAAGACAGCAGCUGUUAGCUAGCUGGCUGAGCUAUAUUUACUCUCUGCCUGUUAACAAUAGACAGGAACUCCGUAUUGUUAAACAGCAACAACUUACGUGUUUUUACCAAACUCUAAUGGUGUGCAGCCGGACUGAGACAUUUCUCUGAGUGGCUAACCACAAAAAGAGAGCCAUGUACUUCCAGGGCAACCGGAGGCGAGGAGAGGAUGGCAUCACGGUGGUGAUUGACUUCCUGCUGUCGAAUGCCCGACUGGUUCUGGGAGUCGGCGGGGCUGCCAUGUUAGGAAUCGCUACAUUGGCAGUGAAACGGCUGAUAGAGCGCGCAGGCCGUGCAGCCGACGAUGAGAAGGUGGAGCAGAAGAUGGCUGAGAGCUGGGAGGAGUUGAGUCUGGUCUCUGCUUCCCCCACCAUGAUCAGGAAGGGCAUAGAGGGAGUGGUGAUGAAACAUGUUGCCAAGGCCGCCAAACAACAGAAAGCUGACCUGUGCCAGCAACCGCAGGCAUCCUCUCUGGAGGUGCAGCCCAAACCUGAGUCAGAGUCCAAGAGGCUGCAGCUGUGCGUCCUCAGCUUGCAGGAGCGGCUGCAGCAGUACUAUCACACAAGGGCAGCACUGAGUCCACAUGAGGUCCAGAGGGCUCAGUCUCUGGCUCUGGACAUCUGCACUGAGAUCCAGGGAUUUCUGCACAGCCGUCAUCCCGACAUGCCCCUGGGAGAAAUGAGCCUUGGAGGAUCUCUACUGGAUGAUCUGCAGGUGGUCACUGCGGACCAUGCCUGUCUGCUGGUGCCUCUACAGCUGGAAGCCUCUCUGUGGCGCCUCGUCCCAGGAGAGGAAACUCUCCUCACACACCCGCUGCACUGGAUGGUCCGACGGAUCAACUUGGAAUAUUUUCCCAGAGGACUCAGCUACUGGGACAGGUACCUGGUGGGUGGAUACCUGUCCUCAGAAGCUGUGGUGAACAUGUUCAACAAGGCUGUCAUGGAAACUGUGAACUGGCCGUCCAUCAGCAGCACCAUGGACUGUCUCGUCAGGCCUGUACCGGGAGGACCGGAACUGAGAAUAGAGAUUAGACCUGGAAAUGGAGAAGACCGGGCACGCUGCAGUGAUCAGCCCCUUUUUAUCUCCAUGUUGCCUCUGCUGAGGGAGGGGGACGUGGUUCUGACCGCCCAGCCGGAGCUCACCUCUCCCUGGGUCAACGCCUGGCACCUGUCCCUCUACCCGUGGGAGACUCAGCGCCUGACUCAGCUCGACACCGCUGACGACGGACACCGCAGACAGACACUUAAAACCCUUAAGGCGGUGUGCAGGCUGAACCCCGCCCUGCGACCACUCGAAGCCGCUCCACUGGCCAAUCUCAUCCUGCACCUCAGCGACGGCGAGAGCGACUGGUCUGAGAGCAGCCUGGAUGUGAGAUUCCAGCAGUGUAUCACAGAGCUGAUUGGCUACUUAGAACAAGGGGCGUUACACAGUUACUUCAAGCCAGCUGUCAACCUGCUGAGCAGCUUGUCAGAGGACCAGGUGGAUCAGAUGGGCUUCAUGCUCUACUGUGCUGUGUCGGAGCCCGAAAUACUGCUCAUAUAACUGUGUGCACAUACCAGUCGUUUCUCAAGCUCCGAAACAAACAAAACAAACUGAAAUCAAAGGGAUAAUCUUUUAUCAUCCAAGAGUUUUGGUUCAAGGCGGAGAUGAAUUAUUCUUCCCACGGCCUACUCUCGUCAUUCAGCUCCUCCAUCCUGCUUUGAUGCAAGGAAACAGGGUACAGUUGGAAAAAUGGCAGGCACCAUGGACUAAUGUCUACACCGGAGGAGGAGAAGCUACAAAGAGAAUGCAGAUGUGGAAGUGAUGGUCAGGCUAAAGAAAUGACUCAGAGGAAAGGAGACGUGCCAAGGAAAGGAGCUGAGGAAGUGUUUAUCGAGAUGCUUCAGUAUGUGCCUAAUCGUGUGUUGUUGUUUUUAUUGUUUUUGUGUUUUGACAGUCUGGCCUAGUCGCUCCCUAAGUGUGCUGUGAAAGGCUAAUACUUGUUUCUGUCAGAAAGCCACAAUUCAUCCAGUCCACAAGCACACUUCUGCAGAAAAACAAUCACUUCAUUAAACAUUACUUGAACAUGCAAGCCAGAAAUAAUAUUCAAUCACAUCAUGAUGCAAACAUGUCAAAAAAAGUGUUCAGCAGCUUCAUUUAGCUCAGUCUCACGCUCGCACAGGCUUGACGUGAUGACGGCGAGCAUGUCACGAUAUGUUCAAAUGAGGUCUGUGAGGUGCUCAGUCCGCAGGUUUCAGAGGAUGGAUGCUUGGAUUCUGCCCAAGCCUUUAGGCAGUCAGGUGAUGCAGCAUAAACCGUGACCACGUAGGGAGAAAGUUGUAAUGAAUAAAUAGGUUCAAAACAAACCUUUUUUUUUGUUUUUCCAGUCACAGAUUGGAUGGUUAAGGCACCAAAACUACGUGUUGCGGUUUAGAAAAAGAUCAGGAUUGUGCUAGAGUCAAGUUCUAGGUUAAAAUAAACACUUUGUCAUUCAUGUAGAGGCAACAAGGUCUAGCCAAUCACAGCACGUCUGUUGGGCGCGACUGGACAAAACUAUUCUUGCCGAAAUAAAUGACGUUGCCUGAUGUUAACUCCUCACGCACACACACCACAGCAGAGUCGGCUUUUAAGUUUGCGUGGUCAUAAGUUUUCACUGGGUGUCAGUGAUGGUCAGCAUGGCCACAUACAGCUCAGUGUAUCCAGGAGUGAAGUUUAUUGCCUAAGUGCUUAUUUUCUUUCUGUCUUUUAAUUGAUGGCGUGUGCUCUGCAUCGUUUUCCUCAGUCUCUGUGUAAUAUGUUCUAACUAUGCAGAAAAAUAAUGACCUGCUGAAAAUCGCCAGGUUUUGUGCACUAAUUAAACUGUUCUAUCAGAGUUUGACUCACUUAACACAUUGUGUAUAUUUUAUCCUACUGGAGGCUGAAGUGUGCAGUAUUUUGUUUGUCUCGUUUAGUGUUCAAGUCUGUUGCCAAUCUUAUUUGGGGAAACUAACUCUUUAAUUUAUGGCUAACCAUUUUAUGCACUUGCUUUUACACACAGUAUGAAUGUUGUGGCCAUUUCUUCAGUUGUGUUUUCUUUGCUGAGUGAAAGAAUAUUGAUUUAUUGUGAUCAAACAUUGAAACUGCAAAUAAAAAUUAAAGCGUUUGUUUAGA